UAUUCAGAAUCGAGGAGACAAGGAACAGUACGGCGCUUAUUCUAUGUAGCCUUAAUGCCAUGGAAAAUUCCUCAACUUUGGUGACCUCAGCAUCAUCCUUAUAGCCACAUUUUCCAUUGCAUUUCACAAUUACAGUAACAUCGCAAUUUAAAAGAUAAUACAAAUAACGCUACUGUAAGGUUGAUGGCACUAAGCCACUUUUAACGCACAAGGCAUAUAAAAAAAAUAUAUGCUCCGUGUAAUGCUGCCAUAUUUCUUCCCUCGUUACAAAAUGUUCAAGAUGUAUUAUUAGGCUAUUAUCUUCAAUAUCACGGAGUGACAAAAUGUUCCCGCUGAAACGCUAGAUAGACUACACCUUUUACUUGCGCUCACAAGUGUGUGAUUUCAUGUGGCUGCGCUAUGUGUCAGUCAAUUGCACUGGUGACUUCAAUAACCCGUGUGAGCGUGUGCGUGUGUUAUGUACCUAGCUGUAGUAGCUAGUGGUGGCUAUGGACUCCACUCUUCGUAAUAAGCAGACCGUGCGACCUGCCCUUCCCUGUCUCCGAUAGAGGAGUCAUGAGCCGCUUUCUUCGCGUCAGGGACUCGUCUUCCGUUUUUGAGCCGUAGACACCAGCCUUGAAACGCCGCCUUCUCUAUCGCAACCGGACCGGCCAGUGCCGAAGGGGACGUGGAAUAGUAGCUAGUGACGCCCGGUGCCGAUUGUUGAAAGCCAGGAGGGUCUAGCACAGCAGCAACGGCAUUGAGGUUCACGAUAAAAGGCGACUUCGGGGCACGUCUGCUGGCCGUCACUUUUUUGACAUCGGCCUCGCUUAGAUACGGCGGAAUGAGGGGUCUUCAUAGGUGGUGUGAGCUUCGCUGAGGACCACAGCAGAAGAUUUCAAUCAACACCGCCCCCACCCCCGCCCCCCUUUCUUUUGCCCCAGCCAAUCAAAUGCACCAGGAAAAUAAGCUAACCAACCAUGGCAAGCAAGUUAUCAGCAGCGCCCAAUCCCAGGUCCCCAAUGUGAACCAGCAGCCGCCCGGACCCGCCUGCAACCUGGGGUCCAAGGGGGCGGGGGCGGGGAAUCAUGGGACCAAGGCCAAUCAGAUCUCCCCGGGCAACCCGGGGGUGAAGAGCGCCAGCCAAUCGGGCAGCGGCGUCGGGGGGCCGCUGAAGGGCAAGACGAAGAGGGAGAGGAGCGUGUCCAUGGACUCCGGGGAGCUGAGGGACGCCCUGGGCCCCGCCCUCGAACCCGACGCCAAAGCAGAGGGCGUGAUGCGCAGCAAGCGCCGCUGCGUGCUGGAGAAGAAGCAGCCUUACAGCGGGGACGAGUGGUGCUCCGGGGGCGACACCGAGGAAGAGGAGGAGAAGCCGGCCGCUGCCCCCCAUCGUCCCGGGCAGCCCCUUCCUGGCCCCUCCCCCAUGGGCCCCAUGGGCGAAUCGACCGGUCCCGUAGUGGGGCGGGGCAUGGGACCCAGCCUGCGCUCGGAGCUGGCCUCCCUCCCCCGCCCUCCUCAGCAAGUGGUCUACGUCUUCACCACCAGCCUAGCCAAUCGAGCGGCUGAGGCGGUGAUCCACGGCCACGCAGACUCCAUCUUGCUCUUCCACCAGAAGACCGUCGCCCGCACCAAACUGGACCAGUGUGUCUCCGGUGGGAAGCUCCCCGGCCUGUCCGAGCAGCUAAACUCGGGCAGCACCCCUCCGACCGGCACCCCCAAAUCUCAGAGCGGGACGCCGCGCCCCGCCUCCGUGGGAGGGGCAGGGGGCCAUCUCCACUCCGCGGGGACCCCGUCUUCCACGGGACACCCCGAGGACGAGGCCUUGCAGGCCCGACCUGGGGGGGCCCCCAACUCCAACAGCGGCGGUCCGGGGCCACACCCCCCUGGGGCCAACCCCGCGGCGGGAGGGGGCCGCCCGGGAGGGGCGGACGGGCCGGGACUGCUGGCCCAGGCGGGCCCCGGGGCCUCCCCGUCCCCCAGCCCCGGAGCGACCCCCGCACACCUCCUGGGGGAGCCGGGGGGGCGGGAGGGGCCGGGGGGCGCGGAGGGGCUGUCCCAGGAGCAGCUGGAGCACCGGGAGCGGUCUCUGCAGACGCUGCGUGACAUCGAGAGACUGCUGCUGCGGGGGGCUGGCGGGGGCGUGCCGGGGGACCCGGGGGGCCCCAACGGGAACCCCGGCGGCCCGGGCGCCAACGGAAACGGCCUCGGCGGCGGCGUGGGGGGCGGCGGCCUGGACGGCAACGCCGGGCGCGGCGGCAACCCCGGGAACUGCAACAGCAAUACCGCACCUCUGGCGCCCCCUCCUGGCGGCAUGAAGAAGUACGAGGAGCCGCUGCAGUCCAUGAUCACGCAGACGCAGAGCCUGGGGGGGCCGGGCCUCGACGACCCCCAGAUGGGGCCCCACCCGGGCCUGCCGCCCAUGCACAACCACCCCCACCCCCACCCUCACCCACACCACCACCACCCCCACCUCUCGUCCCCCUCCGGCCUGGACAUGGGGCCCCUGCUGGGGCCCGACGGUCUGACCCCCGAGCAGGUGGCCUGGAGGAAGCUGCAGGAGGAGUACUACCAGGAGAAGAGGAGGCAGCAGGAGAUGCACCCCCACCCCCACCACCACAGGAUGAUGUCGGAGCUGGGCGUGGCCAUGAUGCGGGCCCCGCCCCCGCCCUACCACAGCAAGCCUGGAGAGCCGCAGUGGGGGCCGGGGCCCAUGAUGGGAGGGGGUGGGAACGGGCGCUUGAUAGACAUGCACCAGGAGGGGCCCCGGGGCCCGCGCUUCCUUGGACAGAUGCAGAGGGGCCCCCCCAGCGGCGGGGGCGGGCCUGGGGGUUACCCCGGCAACCCGGGAGGCGGGUUACCCAUGGAGGCCAUGGGACACCAGAGGCCCCCCCGCUCGGGUAUGGGCUGGCCUGACGACAUGAUCCCCCCCAACAUGGGAGGAGGGGGAGGAGGAGGAGGAGGAGGGGGCGGGCCGUUUCAGGGGUGCUACCCUCCGGGGGGACUCCCCCAGCACCUGCAGGGGGACCCCGACCGCCUCCUGCCCUCCCAGCGGGAGGAGCUGUUCCGCGCUCUGGAGAAACGGCAGCUCCAGGGGCUUCACCGACUCGAGAUGGACCGGCUAGCCAAGCAACAGCAGCAGCAGCAGCAGCAGCAGCACCAGCAGGGCGCUUUCCCCAAUUCCGGCAUGGGGGGAGGCCCUCCCCCGCCCAGGGGCGACCCCAUGGACUUCCCCGGCUCCCGAGGCAUGAUGGGCUCUCCGAUGGGCGGAGCCGGUCCUUCGGGGCGGGACCUGGUGGAGAUGAACAUGAACGCCAACAUGGGCCUGGGGCUCCAGAUGAGCGCCCAGCAGCAGCAGCAGAUGAUGCUGGUGCAGAAGGCGCGAGGGGCGGGGCCAGAUGGGGGGGAGGGGCUUCUGAGCCCCGAGGACAUCGCUCGAGUCAGGGCGGCGCAGAACGGAGGAGGGAUGAUAGGCAACAAAAGCAUGAUCUUGAGAGGAGAUGGGGGAGGGCCUCUGUCGUUCCCCGGCCAGGCCUCCUUCCCGGGGGGCCACCCGGGGGGCGGCUACCUUCCCCAGGAGCCCGGCCCGGACAUGUUCCGGCCCGACCAGCAGGGCCUGUCUCCCAUGGGCGGGACGUCCCGGCUGAGCCACAUGCCCGGACCGCGGGGCGCCGACCUGGGCCCCCGCUGCUCCUCCGAACUCUCCCUCAACAUCAACCCCAUGGGCUCCCCGGCCCUGCCCCCCCCUCACCAGCUCAAGUCCCCCUCCCUCAGCCAGGCGCCGUCCCCCCUCAUGCCCUCCCCCUCCGCCCCGAGCCUCAAAUCCCCGCAGAUCCCCUCGGCCGGGCCCCCCCCUCCCCAGCUCCCGCCCGUCACCAGCGGUGCCGGGACCCCGUCGUCCUCCAUCAAGUCUCCCCAAGUCAUGGGCUCUUCCCUGGGGCUGCACUCUCCGUCCGGCUCUCCUGGGCGUCUCAAGUCUCCGGCCAUGCCCAUCGCUUCCCCUGGCUGGGCCGCGUCUCCCAAGACCGCCCUGCCCAGUCCAGGUGGGCCGGCCGGGGCUAAGGGGGCUGGCAACGGGGGAAGCAGCUCUACUGAUACAGGCCCCUCGUUGCCGCCUCGGAGUACAAACUCAACUCCCAUCAGCCAGCCUGGCUCCAUGAAUCCCAGCAUGCCGUUCACCUCGUCUCCGGACGCCCCUCCGUCCCAGAAUCCCCUGUCACUCAUCAUGUCCCAGAUGUCCAAGUACGCCAUGCCCAGCUCCACCCCCCUGUACCACGACGCGAUUAAGACCAUCGCCACCUCUGACGAUGAGAUGAUGCCGGACCGUCCCAUGAUGCCUGGAGCCAACAUGGCGGGAAACAUGGGAAACCAUCAGUCCUCCCAGAUGCUCCUCACGCCCCAGAAUUCCAUGGGCCCCCACAGCGGGUCACAGAGUCCCAUGGGGAUGGUCCUCCACGGCCAGCCGCAGCUAUCCCACGAUCCCUCCGGACCCAUGUUGCAUUCCCCCAACCCCAUGGGCGGCAUGCCCGGAAUGAAUCCGGCGAUGAUGGGGGGCGGCGGAGGCGGGGGCCCGGAUGGGAUGGGGCCCUGCAACAUCUCCCCGAUGCUUCCCCAGAACCAGAUGGGCGCCUUCCCCAGAAUGCAGCACCCUCCGCACGGGCUCCUGCACUCGCCCAACCCGGGGAUGCCCCAGCAGUUUCACCCGGGCCCCGAGGACGUGGGCAUCCCGCACCACCAGCUGCACCUCCUCAGCAAGGGCCUCCACCACCAGCGGGGCCCCCACCCCCAGGACGGCUUCCCCCCCAUGUCCAUGGGGGACGGGCCGGACCUGAGCGACGUGAUCCGCCCCACGCCCACGGGGAUCCCCGAGUUCGACCUGUCCCGCAUCAUCCCGUCCGACAAGCCCAGCAGCACCCUGCAGUACUUCCCCAAGAGCGAGGCCAUGUCCCAGCCGGGGCCCAACCCCCACCCCCACCCCCACCAGGGCCAGCCGCCCCCUCCCCCGCCGCCCCACCACCUCAAGCAGCACCCCUCCUCGGGCCCGCCCAACAGCUCCGCCCCCUCCUCCAACCCCCACAUCGCCAACCUGCAGAACAUGAUGGUGGAGCAGCACCUGCACUCCCCCCAGCACCCGUCCCACCUGGAGAUGCGCUCGGGCCUGGGCCUCCCCCAGGGCGGCCCCCGGGGCAUGGGGCCUAUGUGUCACCCGGGUCACAUGAUGGGCAGGACAGGCAUGAUGUCCCACAGUUCUUUGCAGCAGCAGCAGCAGCAGCACCUCCAUCAGCAGCAACAGCAGCAGCAGCAGCAGCAAGCCAUGAUGGCCAAUAGCCUCCUCCACCACCCCUCGCACCCCCACCCGCACCCGCACCCCCACCCGGCCAUGAUGUCCCCCCAGCAGCACCCCCAGAACCUCCUCACCCAGCAGGGGCUGAUGAUGAUGCAGGCCAAGCAGCGGGGCAUGGCCGUCCACGGGGACCCCUACGGCCAGCCGGGCCCCAUGAUGGGGGGCCCGCACCCACAGUCGGGCAUGAUGGGCCCCCAGCCCGGCAGGCAGCGGGGCAUGCCGCUGGAUGGCCCCAUGCGCUAUGGCCCCGGGAACAUGGCCAACAUGCCCUUCUGAACUGGCCUACUGCUGUUUAAAAAACUACAAAAAAAAAAAAACAACAAAAAAAAAAAAACCUCAUUUCCUCUGGGUUCAUUUUCACAAUGACGUUCUGUUAUUAUUAAUGUUAUUAAUAUUAUUAUUAUUAUUAUUACUAUUGCAAUCUGUAUCAUUACUGCUAUCGUUAAUAUCGUUUUUAAGUUUCGGAGUAAAAACCGAUAAAAAAUUUUAAAAAGCGGUUCGAAAAAGAAACAAAAAAUGAAUAAAAGAAAUUGUGAUCACUUUUCAAAUAUUGAGGAGCAGUUGGUGACGAAUAGUGUAACAAUAAAUCAGAUCUUAUCAAAGCCAUUUCCUUUUUUAUACGUGUAAAAUAUGUACAUUUCACAGAUGGGUGCUGUCGGUGGAAGGGUGCGUACAGGGACAGGAACGCAGACUUAAAUUUAGAUCUAUUUUCUUUUUAUUCAGAUUCUUUCUUUCUCUCCUCUGGCUACCGAACUGUUGUGCGAAGGGAUUCUAUGGGUGCUGUAAAUAAGAUGCAAUUUGUGAUUGUUUGCAAAAUGUUCUGUAUUACUGUGUUUUAAUAGAAGCUUCAAAAUGAAAAAGCUAUCUGUGAA